CAUGGACCUGAGCGAUGGCAGGACUGUCAGUUGGCGACGGUGGCGACUGGCCGACGUCGUGUGUGUAUUUUGUUGCUGGUGCGAUGCGUCUGCGAAAUCUCGAUUCAUCUCUCGAAAGAGUCUGAGAAAAGGGAAAACGGGUCAGCUGUUACGAGGUUCGUGAGUCAGAGGACACAAGCGAGUAGCGGAGACGUGAUUGAAACGCAGCGUGUGGAGGGAACAAAGGGCUCGAGGGCGAACGAAUAACCGUGGAGGAAAGAAGAAAGUUUACGAGGGGCGGAUCGUCGGUGGUAAGGACCGUCCGCGUGUAUAAGUGGAAUUAUAAUAUCGGUGGUAAACGAUGGCGUAAGCUCCGCGCAACCCCGAGACACAGUGCAGUGUGACCCGUGUGCCGUGGCCGUCCGUCAUCUUUUCGUUGAUUCGGCCCCGUACAAUCCGACGCGUAUAACUCGGCUGCUCCGAAACUCGCGCGCGCCAACAACGGAACGCGUUUAUAACGUAACGCCAGUGGAAAACACGGCCGAGUGUGUGCUAUGCUAUCUGGUUGCUACCCAGUCUUUGUGGUGAAUACACGGCCGACAUCGGUCCGCUUCCGAUCACGAGGUUGAUCGCGUAUAUACGCGCGCCAACGUCGUUCCUCGUCGGUUCUUGUCGGUACGCGUUUCCCUGUGCGUCCUGUCUGGCGACUGUCGUCGGCGACUCGUCGCUCCGGAACCACUGCAUCCCCGCGUCGCCGCGUUGUUGUUUUUGUUUAUUGUUGUUCGCGCGUAUCCGCGAAGUGGUGCCAAGAUAGCGGCCUCUCACUGUGGGAGAGAAUAUGGUUACGAUGAUCAGUGAUACGUGCGGAUAUGUUCUCUUUCUCCUGUUGCUGUUGCUGGUCCCGUACAUCGAAAGUGCCCGUCGACUGAACGAGUACAUCCGCCACUACGAGCCACUCUCCUAUCCCACGGAAGAGGUCCACCGAAGUCACCUGAGGGCCAAGAGGUCGGUUACCCGCGACAAUUCCGUGACUCUGAAGUUUCGCUCGCACGGAAGGGACUUCCACAUUCGAUUGAAGCGGGACCUGGCCACCUUUAGCAAUAAUUUAAUUAUCGAGGGCCCGUCCGGUCAAGCGGAGGACCUCGAUACCUCGCACAUUUACCAGGGCCAUUUAGUCGGCGAGCCUGGCAGCCACGUGUUCGGGAGCAUCACCGACGGUGUUUUCCAUGGGAAAAUUAUUUCGCCUCGCGGUGGCUCGUGGUACGUGGAAAGGGCGCACUAUUACUUUCCGCCGCACGAGAUAAAUGACACGUUACAUUCUGUGAUCUAUCACGAAAAUGACGUCGGCGACCCGUACGCCCAUUUUCGAAAAGGCGAGGGCGGUUGCGGGAUCACCGACGACGUUGUGGAGUGGAUGGAGAGAAUACAAAAUUCCGUUGAACCGGAGGUACCUCUUCCGGUAACUGCGGAUAACAAGAAAUUCAAGCCGCAGGUGAAACCGUGGAACGGUGACCCGGAGUCGCCAGGUCACAAAUAUUCUCGAGAAGCUAACGAACCUAGUCAUCGGAGAACGCGGAGAGCGACGAGACCGAAGGAGGACAAUAAAAACACUUGUUCCCUCUUCAUCCAAACCGAUCCGCUAAUAUGGAGACACAUAUCGGAACAGCUGCAUAACGAUGCGGAGAAAACCAAAGAGGAGAUCCUGUCUCUGAUCGCGCAUCAUGUUACGGCGGUGAACUACAUCUACAGGGACACGAGGUUCGACGGUAGAAUCAAGCACAGAAAUAUUAAAUUCGAGGUGCAGCGGAUAAAGAUCGACGACGACACGGCGUGCACACCCCAACAGACUUACGGCGAUCCGAAUCCGUUUUGCAUGGAGAACAUUGACGUUAGCAACUUUUUAAAUUUGCAUUCGCUCGGUAACCACGAGGACUUUUGCCUCGCCUACGUGUUCACGUACAGAGAUUUUACCGGCGGCACUCUUGGUCUUGCUUGGGUGGCUUCUGCGUCCGGCGCGUCUGGCGGUAUUUGCGAAAAAUACAAAACGUACACGGAAACGGUCGCGGGAAUGUACCAGUCGACCAAAAGAUCGUUGAACACCGGGAUCAUUACUUUCGUUAAUUACAACAGCCGAGUACCGCCGAAGGUGUCGCAGCUAACGCUGGCCCACGAAAUAGGACACAAUUUCGGAUCACCCCAUGAUUUUCCACCGGAGUGUAGACCCGGAGGACUGCACGGAAAUUAUAUAAUGUUCGCGUCAGCGACCAGCGGAGAUCGACCGAAUAAUAGCAAAUUUUCAAAGUGCAGCAUCGGUAAUAUCAGCAACGUUCUCGAUGCCAUCGAAGACAACAAGAAAAGAAAUUGCUUCACUGCCUCUGCCGGAGCGUUCUGUGGCAACAAGAUCGUUGAAGCUGGAGAGGAGUGCGAUUGUGGAUACGACGAUGACGAGUGUGUGGAUAAAUGUUGCUAUCCUCGGCAAGUCUCAGAAUUAGACAAAAUAAAGAAUGAAACGGCGAAGGGUUGUACCAGAAAAUCCGGAACGCAAUGCAGUCCCAGUCAAGGACCUUGCUGCUCCAGUGAGUCUUGUCAGUUCGUGCCGCUUUCCAAGAACGUUCAAUGUAAGGCAGAAUCCGACUGCAGUUAUAAUUCGACGUGCAACGGACGAUCUUCUGAGUGUCCCGUACCGCUACCGAGAGCUAACAAGACCAGAUGUAACGAAGGAACACAGCUAUGCAUCAAUGGAGAGUGUACAGGAUCGAUUUGCCUAGAAUGGAAUCUGACUGAAUGCUUCUUAACCAGUAACGUGAUCCCCAACAUAGACAAACGUAAAUUAUGCGAAUUAGCCUGUCAAAAUGGAACCGAUCCCGCGUCCUGUCGUAGUACCAGCGAGUUCGCACACGUUGUGGGUCUGCCCGAUGGCGGGAUCAGCCUCCGACCUGGAUCACCGUGUGAUAACUUUCAAGGGUAUUGCGAUGUAUUUCUGAAAUGCAGAGCAGUUGACGCGGAAGGACCGUUAGCCAGAUUGAAGAAUCUCUUAUUCAAUAAGGAAACACUACUGACGGUAGCGCAGUGGGUGACUGAAUUUUGGUGGGCAGUGCUGUUAAUGGGAAUAGCCUUCAUCAUCUUCAUGGGUCUGUUCAUCAAAUGCUGCGCUGUUCACACACCUUCGAGUAAUCCGAAGAAACCGCCAGCAAGACGUAUCAGUGAUACUCUAAGAAGACCAAUGAAUACUUUAAGAAGAAUGCGACAUCCGCAUGGCGGAGGUGGUGCUGGUCCCCGAAGUAUACCUCCCAGGCCAAGUCAAGGUGCCCACGGUGGUACUCGGGGUCCCUCCCAUGGCUAUGGAGAGGGUAGAGGUGCUCAGUAUUAUCCAAAAGCAGGCUAUCGCUCGGUUCCCACAGCUAGUGCGCCACCCAGUAGCAGCGCAGCUCCCAAUUACGGCCGGACCAACCAUCCCGAAUUGUACGCCGGCGCCUAUUCGGGCUCCGGGGGAGGCGGUAGGCCCACAGCCUACGAGAUGAGACAUCACAAGGUGUGACGCACCUAGAGAACCACCGCGAACUAGGAACGGUCUCGACGUCCCGUCAUAAAUUGUUCUCUUGUUUAAUUUGCUAAACUGUGAAACGAGCCGGUCCACCCAGGAAAUAAUAUACAUAUAAAUGUUGUCUCUCACGAACGAAGAUCGACGAUAAUUGAGAGCAAGAGGAGGGACAGGCGUGAUCUAAUGUAAUUGAAAGUAACUGACGAUCGCUGAUCUACGUUUUUAUUUCGAUUCAAGUAAGUCAACAAAGACCAUCACAGGGGUACAUCACAGGGAGUAUACUGGUUCGGGGUUUGUAAAUUUGGUGAAGUGUAUUAUAUAUUGUAAUGAUGAACGAUGAUAUUAAUAUCGACUUCUCGUUUGACGUUUGGCUUUUGUCGGGCUGAUUCCGUUCAGCGAAGAACAAAACGUACGAGGACAUCGACGUUUUUAGAAACGAAACGAAACGAAACGGUGUUAGAGACACACGUGAUAAAUCGCGUGAACUUACGCAUCGCGAUUAUUUGAUGAAAGACUAUAAGAUACGUGGGUCUUAACGUCUAAUUCGUCUUUUUAAAUGUUUCCUGCAGUUUCCUCCGUGUUGCCAUUAAAUACAUAUUUUUCGCGUCCCGUGUAAGAAAUUAGAAGACUUUCGGUAAAGAAAACAAAAAAAGAAUGUCUCCCUCCGUGAACACUUUUAAUAUAAAACGUGCAUCGAAUGAUCGACGUUACGAAGAUUUAUUUCUGCGAACGAUGCUGGAUUCGCGCGCGGUAAAGAAUUAUUAAGGCAAUAUUGAACGCAACGGAUUUUUGUCGUUCGAUAUGAGAACAUUUAUGGCCAACGGUUGCGUAGGAGUGUUUUGCGCCUCGAUUUCUCGGUGAAAUCGAAUCUCCUGGUGUUUCGCUUUGGAAAGCGCGAUUUUAUUACGUUUGAAACUGUCGGUUAGAGGAAGAAGGGAAGUUCGGCGGGAGAACGGAGACGACAAUAUAUAUUUGGAAUAAGUGUUAGGAUGAUAACCGUAAUUUUUGAACAGCUCCCGCUGAGCCUGCCUUGUUCGCUUUCGCUCUAGCGAAUGACUGUUACGAUUCGUUGUUUUACCAUAACAAGAUUCUUCAGUGAAGAUAUUCGAUCUUUAUUUGAUAACGAGUAGUUCUCUAUUCUCAUGCUUUUAAUUGUAGUCUAUAAGUAUUCCAUGGUUUAAAUUUUUGGAAAAAAGCAAAGGUAUCGAUACUACUGCAGCUUUCUGAAGCGAAAAGCGCGUUUACCAUAUUACCAAACUAUUACAUCACUUGAUCACUUGAUCUCUACCAUUGUAGCAUAAUAAUGAUAUUCUUAUACUAAUUUUUAUUAGCGAAUUGAAACGCAAAGUUACGAGAGAGUAUAAACAAUGGGAGAAAAGUAACAAAAAAAGAAGAACAAUUUUUUUAUAAAGUGAUAUUUGAAAUAACGAUUGCCCCAGUGAGGGCGAUAUCGAACAAUGUCGCGAUUCUAUUAUUAUGAUUAUGCUUAUUAUUAUUGUAAUAAUUAUUAUUAGUAGUAGUACGACUAUUAUUAUUUAGUUAUCUAUUGCAGAGUAUAAUUUAUCUCCGCUGUCGCGAAUGUUAUAAAUUAUAUUUAAAUAUGAUUUUUAAAUCGCAAUUAUCGGGGGCUGUACCGUAAACGCGCUUUAACGAUAGCGCAUAGCGGACCAAAGACGAGCCCUCCUCUUAAAAUACGAACAUGUUUUAAUAUACAUAGGCUCAAGCAGCAUAUUCGCGCACCGCUGCAUACUCGUAUGCCGCAAAGGAGGAAAAUGAAAAAUUUAUAAUCGCCCAAAACGAUGGGGUCAUUGAACUGAGAUCUUACGCGAUAUUAUACACUUCCUUUCUCGAAACGCCAAAACGUGUGACCGACUGAAUUUUUUUACUCGCCCCCCUUGUCGAGGCCGCUUGUUGCCCGAAUUACUUCCUGCACAUCUCGAUCUGAAAAUCGGAGAUCUGAGGACCCAUCGCCGUUGCUAAAAUCCAAACGAACAUUUUUUCUUCCCCUUCCAAGUUGUUCAUCACACCCGUUAACUGUAGCUUUUUGAGAAUCAAACGUAUUUUCUAUUUCUUCUCGUUCUACAUCUUACGAUGAUGUCGGUGUGUACUGUUCAGCGUUUACGGCAGCUAGUUUCCGCGCUAACAGUUACGUAGAAUUCCGUUUAGACGAUGAUAUCCCAGAAGUUUAACAGUUACAAAUCUGUAGUCGCGCAAGGCAGAGGGGAAUGUUUUGUAGAGAUGAAGAGGUAAAAUCAAGGAGGUGUCUGCCAAUAAUCGCAGAUAAAUACGAGUUUGCGGAUCGUGUGAAAAUGUACAAUAGUUGCAAUGUGAUUAUAAGAAGUGGAUCAUGCGAGAGCUGAUGUGAGAGACGAAAGAAAUUUGGUACAGGUGUAAAAGUGAGCGACAAGAAAAAAAAAAAAAUGGGUAACGAAACGUGAGAACGGGCGUGCAAGAAUUCAAAGAGAGAGUGUUAAACUGUGUACAUAUAUUGAUAUUAUAUAUAUAUAAAUAUAUAUAUAUAUAUAUACAUGAACGAUAAUUAUAUAACCAUAACAAAUGGUAAAGCGAAUACAAAAAAAAAAUACUUGUUUUUAUAUCAAAUCUGUAUUAUAGUGAAAUAUUAUUCUGUAUUUUGUAAUCAGAACGGAAGUUAACAAGGAUGACGGACGAAUGCCUGUAAGUGCGUGUAAUCGAGUCCUUAGCUUUAUAAGGUGACGACUUUUAAACGACGAUCCAGCGUGGACCGAAAACGGAUCGCUCGGUGUAGAUUAUAAUUAUCUAAGGAGUUUUCAAGUUUCUUGCAUAUAGGUGCAACGGAAUUCCGUUUGGUCCCAUUCGUAACCGCUCGUCCGAUCGUUGUACUAUUUUAUUUCCAUUGUUCUUACAUUCGAUAACGAAUACUUCAUGGUGCUUGACGAGCACAAUUUACUGCCAUUCGUGUCGUAGCGAGAGGGAAAGCCAUACAUAUGAAUGAUGACGGUAUUAGAAGUAACAGGACAUUAUUAUUUCCAUUAUUAUAUCGAUAGCAGUGAAUUCCGAUUUAUUAAAAAAUAUUUUGAUAUGAUAUUAUUAAAUUUCUGUGAAAUUCAGAACUGCCAUUCGACUGUCAUUGGAACAGCAAUAUUAUACGACGAAUAGAACAGAUUUUUAGUCGAGUUGCUUAGACGAGUCGAUCGCGUUUUGAAUAUCAUUAUUAUAAUUAUUCUCGCUUCCAUUUCACUGCCAUAAGGACGGUUCAAACGACUGACUACACGAUCAAAGAUUAAAAGAAAAAAAAAACCCGAGGAGCAUAGUAACAUCGUUUAAAAGCGAAGAAGCCUAAGACGAGCGUGGAAUCGGGCCAAGUUCUAAUAUCUAGUUGCCAAGCGAGAACGUCGCUUGCACAUACGAAAGGAGCAUAACGAUUAAAAAUGAAAAGAGCAAAAAUACGAUUUCACUUAUAAUUUUGUCCCUGAAAAGUCUGUACUACGUAUGCUUAAGCUUAUUCGUUUCUGCGCUGUCUGGAUUAAGAUCGAGUCCUAUAAACUGUUGUAUUACUUGUCUAUUCGGUAAUUGUGCGUUUCCGCUGCACUUUAUUUGUGAUAAACGUAAUCUCCAUGGCACAGAGCAAACGCUUCGAGUGAAGGAGAGAUGAUGGAACGUUCGCAGAAUCAGCGUAUAUUCGAAGUACCUUUCUUAAUCCAGACCUGCGUCACCGUGACGCAAUGCACACACUACUUUAUCACUUGUACAUAAUGUUAGUAAGAAAGAAACAAAAAGAAAUCGAAGAUUAUAUUUUUUCUAUCGAUCCAAAAAUGUGGUGACCUAUCAACAUCGUGCAAACCGAUAUUAGUUUUACCUACGUCUUUUAAGAAAAUUCGUAUCCGUUCCAAUUUCAUUUAGCUGAAAUAGUAUGUAUCACAAAAAUCGUCUCAGUUCAUCAAGCGAAGUACCGCUUGGAUUAUUAUUAUUAUUAUCGUAAAAAUCAUCAUUGCCGUUAAGUUCCAUGUGCCGUAGUGUCUUCAUUUUUCCUUUCGUACUAUCAAUUUUGAAUUCUACGUUCGGAUUGAAACUCCUGUUUUACAUACAUAAGUUUCUUUUUUUAUUAAGCAUGAUACUGACCAAUCGCCUGAACGCAGCUUCAGACCACCACUCUCUCUUUUUCCCAAAUGUUUAGAACGCGGCGAGUGUUUUAAGAAUAUUAUAAAUAAAAAGGAAUCUGAUUGUGAAUAUCUUGUGUUAUGUUAAUGUGAUUAAAGAAGAAACAAAAACAUUGUAAAGAACUAAAUAAAGCAUACAUUUUACAUUUA